AUGGUAAAAACACCCAUAACCGAUGCCGCGGCCCUACCCGCCUCGCUUCCCCAAUCCACAGACCCCUCACCACAGAACUCAUCCUCCAAUCCCGCCGACCAAACACCCACCACUACCACCCCCGACUCCGAAACCAUCCUCAAGCUCCUCGUCUGCAGCCACGAAUUCCACGCCGACUGCCUCGUCUCGUGGUUCGUCCUCCGCAAGACCAGCUGUCCGAUAUGCCGCUCCAUGUACAUGAGCAAGGAAGCGCUCGAUCAGCACGACGAGGAAGAGAGGAUAGCGCUAGGCGGCGAUGCGACGCCUGCGGCGUUGGAAGCGGGGACUGCGAAUCAGACACCUACGCCGCGGCCUAUGAGUAAUUGGCAGUACUUCUUGCAUGGGAGUGGGAUCAGGAGACAGCAGGCUGUUGAGGCGAGGACGAAUGCUCAGGCUCAAGCGCAGGCUCAGCCUGCAGUGGAGUUGCAGGAUCGUACGCCUCAGACGGGUGAGCAGAGUGGGGAUGCGAAUGAUGCUGCGGCUGCGGCUGCGGGUCCGGUGGAUACGGCCGUGCAGCAGCCAGAUCAGCCGUCUAGGUCAAGGUGGCAGAGACUUUUGAGGCGGUAA